UUAUCAAGCAACAUCAUGGAUGAUAAACCAGACCGUAGAUUCAACAAUCUUAACUGGAAACAGAUUCAGAGCUUGGACCAAGUCUUAACAGAGGUAAUACCUGUUCAUGGAAGAGGCAAUUUCCCUACUCUGGAAAUAAAGCCGAAAGACAUAAUUUAUAUUGUGAAGGAUCGGCUGGAAGAGAAUGGGAUUACGGUCCAUGACGUUCGUCUUAAUGGCUCCACAGCAAGUCAUAUCCUUGUGAAGCAAAAUGGAACAAGCUAUAAAGACCUUGAUGUUAUCUUCAGAGUUCAGUUGCUUGGGGAGAAAGAGUUCGAGGUGGUAAAGGGAGUGGUAUUGGAUAGUCUCCUGGACUUCCUACCACAAGGCGUCAAUAAAGAAAAGAUCACUGGACUUACUCUGAAAGAGGCCUAUGUUCAGAAAAUGGUUAAAGUUUCCAAUGAUCAUGAUCGGUGGAGUCUCAUCUCCUUGUCUAACAACAGAGGGAAAAAUGUUGAGCUAAAGUUUGUUAAUUCAUUACGUCGUCAGUUUGAAUUUAGUGUGGACUCUUUCCAAAUAAUUUUAGAUUCACUGUUACCGCUCUUCAGCAGUGCAGAGGACACGAUGACAAUGGAGUCUCAUCCAACCGUUGUAGCAGAGAGCAUGUAUGGGGAUUUUCAGGAAGCGAUGGAUCAUCUAAAGUACAAACUGAUUGUUACCCGAAACCCUGAAGAAAUUCGAGGUGGUGGCUUGCUCAAAUACAGCAAUCUCCUGGUUCGAGAUUUCAAACCAGCAUCUGAUGCCGAGAUCAAAAGCUUGGAGCGUUAUAUGUGUUCAAGGUUUUUCAUUGACUUCCCUGAUGUAUCUGAGCAACAAAGAAAAAUCGAAUCCUACUUAAGGAACCAUUUCAUCGGGGAAGAGAAAAACAAGUAUGAUUACCUGAUGACCUUGCACCAAGUUGUGAAUGAAAGCACCGUCUGUUUGAUGGGACAUGAGAGAAGACAAACGUUGAACAUGAUCACCCUUUUGGCUCUCAGAGUACUAGGUGAACAGAACAUCAUACCUAACACUGCUAACGUCACUUGCUACUAUCAACCUGCCCCUUACGUCAGUGACCGCAGCUUUAGUAAUUACUACAUAGCACAUGGACAGCCACAGCUUUUGUAUCAGCCCUAUCCACUCCACAUCAAUAUGCAGACUGGUAUGGUUUAGAUUGAAACUGAAUCCAAAAUGCCAGACUUUGAUCCACACCCAAGCGUUUAGAUCUCCAGAGAUCUAAUGAGAGAGUCAGGCUGCACCCUCUUGGGUGUGCCGAUAGUUAUCGAGGAUUAUGGCAAUUUCUGGGUAAACGUUUUUUAAGAUAAUCUGCAAAUGGAUGACCAAACUAUAUGUGUGCCACAUAAUAAACUUAAGUGCAUAUUCAGUACAAAGUAAUCUCACAACUGAAUAUGUACAGACAGGAUUGCAAUGGCAGGGAUAUUGUUUUCUAAAAAAGAAACUAUUGAACCAAUACAGAUAUAGAAAGAUAUAUUAAGUGAAAUUAGAUAAUCUGAGUUGUGUUCCUUUGUGCCUGUGUUUUGGUGUUUGUGGUUAAGAUAAGACAUACAUCUUUCCAGUAAAAGUGUAGUUAGUAAAGUGCAUCUGUGAUUAGAAAUACCAAGUGCAUUUGAGAGAACCACUUUGUAUUUGAAUUGUUUUGGUUACAUUAGUGACUUGCAAUGCAAAGUGCAUGUAGGAAACAUUUCUUCAAUGUGAAAUGACCUGGCCAAGAAACAAUUGUGAACCAAAGAUUAUUUGUAAAUAAUGCAUCACCCAAGUGCCUAAACUAUGUAGAUAGGUCAUUUAAACUAUAUUGAAUAAUCAUUUCAGGGUGUGCCAUUAAGUUAUCAUUUGGACUGAGUAUGAGAGAUAAUGCAUUGUCAUUUAUCACUGCCCUUAUUAUGGAAUCAUUAAAGCUUACAGCUAAAAAUUCAGUCCAUUGUGAUUAUGUCAGUAACAUUGGCACAAUGUAAUUUCCACAAGCUAUGUUAUAAUUUUAAGUCUGCGUUAUCUUACAAAUGUUUUUGCCAUUUCAACUGUACCCUUACAAAGCAACUUGUCAACUUCAGGGAAAUGAAUUGAGCAAAAGAGCCAAUUUCAACUUUCCCAGGGAAUACCAUCAUUACAUUUUGUCCAGAAACAAAGUCCUGCUAAAACUGCACAGGAUAGAGCAUGUGUGUUUGGUGCUCAGGGACUGACACCAUUUAUUUAUAUAUAUGUUUAUUAAAAAUAUAGAUCAGUCUCAAUCCAAGGAGUGU